AUGAAGCACCGGCCACCUAUCGUGGACGAGACGGAGGCGUUCCACACGCUACUGUCUACGUAUGCGUCUGACAUACCGCCAGUAUCCAAGAAAUCAGCCGAGAUUAUCCCGUCCAAGCAACGCGAAGCGACGCAGGCGUGGAUGAAGGAGGCCUAUGCGGUUAAACGGCAUAUUGCGUCUUUGUACGCCUUCCUCGCCAUGAUCCGACGGCCAUACCUGGAUGUAGCCUCCAAAGGACGGCGUGCACCAGAGUCACAUGAGGCGGCGAACGAGGCUGGAUCGAGUCAGGAUGCUUUUGCGCGAUGGCAGCGCACGACGUCACUGAGCGAAGCCGAGCGGGAUGAAGUGGAUUUCCAAGUGAAGCUGGUGAUCAAGCAAUGCUUAUCGCGGGUAAAUGAGCUAGAACGUGGCGAGAAACUUCGGUCCGAAGCAGUAGCACGAGCGCUGCAGAAAGCCGGCGUGUCGGGCCUGUCCCCCUUUUCGCUCUUCCAAGGCUCAUCGCUCCAGAAACAGAAAGAGGCGUCCGCCAUGCUGGGCCGGCAUCAUACCUCUGUAACGCAGUACCUAUCAGAGCAGCUUGCGAGAGUGUCUUCGAUCCAGGCGAUGCUGCAGCAACGACGUGUGGACGCCCAGCGCCAGCGGUAUGAAAAACUAGCUGACACCGCGCGCCAAAGUACGUCGUCCGAGAGCCGGAUAGCCGUGUCCGAGGAGAGUUUGCGUGGGACAGUAGGAGCUAUCGGUGAGCACGGUGUGGAUGUGGUUGAGCAGCUGAGCAAAGACCAAGUCCAGGCGUUUGAGGAAGAGGCCUCUGCGCUGGUCGAGUCGCUCGAAGCGGACUUGGCGGCUGUGCAGCAUGCGGAGCAGCAACUUCAGGAUAUUUCCUCCCUGCAGACCAAGAUUGUACAGCACUUGCAAGAGCAGAAUGAACAUGUGGAUACGCUGCUCACAGAAGCGGGUCUUCACGGAGAGCAAGUGACACGCGGCAAUCAGCAGCUGCGGAAGGCGAAGGAACGCAACCGCCAAGCGAAUCGACUACUUUCGCUCUUUUUCAUCGUCAGUGGGCUCAUUCUGCUAUUCAUGCACUGGAUCGACUAG